UUACAAUAUGUAGACUGCAAGCAGUUUAUAAGCCAAGGCGCAAAACUCAUUGCGCCAGUACAGAACAAGUAGCUAGUCGAACUCUCAGCACAAUUUUUGAUGACAAACAGAGGCCACGAAUCAAAUAACAAUUGAAUAGCUGGCUAGUAACUUUAGCCAUAUUUUCUCUGAUCCUUUCAACCAAGUGUGGACUUCUUCGCGGGGGAAUAUUUUUAGGCUCUAUACAUUGGAGGGAUACACGUGGGAUAUAAUGCCAAGCAAAGGGGAAAAUGUGGAAUCCAGGACAAUUCAUCAUGAGCUGCCCAAGGAAACUGCAUUGAGAUCCAAUAAAAGAAAAUCAGACGUUGCUGUUUAUUUACAAGACCCAGAUGAAGUGGCAGAGAUGACGAAAAAGAACCAGUGUGGAACUUUGGCGUGCUGGAAUCCUGAGUCGGUUCACACGAUCCCGUGCAGGCGGAUCCCCACGCCUGACAAUGAAGUCGAUCAACCAGUUGCUUUGAAUGCCACUGGGUUUUCUACUCAGUACACCUUCAAAAACAUAUUUGUCACCCCCACCAGGUCUUCCCCUCUUCCUGUGCUAUGCUGGGCAAGCAGAGACGACGUAUGGAACAACCUGUUGAAGAAAGACGAGACCUAUUCUCGAGACAUCCACGUCAUGACGAAACACCCACACCUCCAACCCAAGAUGAGGGCUAUUCUUCUCGACUGGCUAAUGGAGGUGUGCGAAGUGUACAAGCUACAUAGAGAAACCUUCUACCUGGCUCAGGAUUACUUUGAUCGGUUCAUGGCCACACAGACCAAUGUUUUCAAGUGUACACUACAACUCAUCGGCAUCUCUUCUCUGUUUACAGCUGCGAAGAUGGAGGAAAUCUACCCUCCAAAGGUGCAUCAAUUUGCCUAUGUUACUGAUGGUGCCUGCACUGAGAAUGAUAUCCUAUGCAUGGAGCUAAUCAUUAUGAAGGAGCUGAAGUGGCGUUUGAGUCCCCUGACGCCUGUGUCCUGGCUAAACAUCUACAUGCAGGUUGCCUACCUGAAAGAGUCCGAAGAGGUUCUCAUCCCACAGUACCCGCAAACUACGUUUGUGCAGAUUGCCGAGCUCCUGGACCUCUGUGUGUUGGAUGUGAAAUGUCUGGAGUUCUCCUACGGGGUGCUAGCUGCCUCUGCCCUGUUCCAUUUCUCCUCGCUGGAGCUGGUGGAGAAAGUCUCAGCUCUGAAGUGGUCUGAUGUUGAGGAGUGUGUGAGGUGGAUGGUCCCCUUUGCCAUGUCCAUCAGAGAAGUGGGCAGCUCAGCCCUGAGGACCUUCAAAGGAAUCCCAGCAGACGACAUGCAUAACAUCCAGACCCAUGCUGCCUAUCUGGACUGGAUGGCGAAGGCAUGCUCCUACCCACAAGUGGAUGUAGAUCGCAGCCAGAGUUCACCUAUACCGUCCGGAGUGCUCACUCCGCCCCCUAGCAGCGAGAAACCUGAGGGCACAGUCUCUUGAUUUCCAUUGGGUUAGUAUGGGCACGGGCUGAGGAAGUCUCAAGACGGGACCAAGAUAUUGUAGGUUUGGGAGAAAUCCAUGGCCUUACACACGCUCACAUGAUUUUUCUACAUGCGUGCGCAUGUUUUAUUCCAUGAGUUGUUUUGGUGCAAAGGUGAAUGGCCGUUUUUGGAUGUCUCUGCCUUUUUGGGUGAGUGACAGUUUUUAAUUGGAGUGAUGCCAAGCUGGACCACCUGCCAAAAACCCAGAGCUGUCACUGGCUCUGAGUGCUGCUAAAAAAGGUGGACUCGGCUUGACGGAACAGUGGAUGGGUGUAUGUGUGUGCUGCUAAUGCUUGCCAUUUUGAGGUUUGCUUGUGGGACCAGUAGCUCUGCUGCCAAAUUGGACAAGUGGAACAGCCUGCAUCAGAGGCAGAAAUAUGGAUUGUAUUUAAGAUUUUAUCUCCAGUUCUUUUCUCACGUUUGAGUUUUCAAAACAGUCAUACAUUUGUGAAAUGAGAUGCUGCUACUUUAUAUCUUAUUUUUUAAAUAAAGUCACUGUCGCAGACAGCUUUUAUGUUUUACAA